AUAGCUCAAAAGACUAUUGUAAAUGACGAUGAUGAAACGGCAGUCAUUGAGGUAAUGACGAGCUCGUAUCUCGUUGCAUUUAUGCUGGUCUACAGCACCGUUGUUGUACGUGCUGACCGGCACCAUUUACCGGCAGACAUGGUAUACACUAACGAUAACUUUGCCGAAGAUACUGAGAGCGUGCUUCUUUUAAGCAGGUUAAAGGAAUUAAUGGAACGAAAACAAGAAAUAAUGGAACAAGAGAGAGAAUUGACAGAGGAGCAGCUGACGAUUCAGGCAAUGUUACAGGAAAAGGCAAGAGAUCAUCGUUUGCCUCAAAACGAUUAUUCUCAAGAUGACGCAGAAAUACUUCCGGUACCAAGUGCGAUAGUGCAUCACGGACCAUUAGGCUCAAUGAAACGAACUAGCUAUAUGAGCCUCUGCCAUUUCAAGAUUUGCAACAUGGGCCGCAAGAGGCAAAUGUAAAUCUAAUUACACCAUAGUAGUGGCGAAAAUCAUCGAACUCCUUUCUACUUGUAUCUUCUAUUAAUCUAUCUAUCUACCUAUCUAUCUAUCUAUCUAACCAUCUAUUUUUCA